UACGACAGUGUAUUGAAGGGGCAAAUGCUAACCAGCGCCACAGCGUACAGCGCUUCGGAAAGAACACACUCGCACAGUGCCAACAUGUCGUCCGGGCCAGCACAGCUUUUCGUGGGUCGUCUGUCCAAGGACUGCCGAGUCAGGGACCUGGAAGACAUCUUUGAGGCGUACGGGCGUCUUCUGAGAUGCGAUAUCAAGUAUGGCAUAUCAAUGGCUUAUGCCUUUAUUGACUAUGAAGAUAGGAGGGAUGCAGAGGACGCCAUAAAGUACGAGAAUGGCAGGGAAAUCCGUGGUUCCAGUAUCGUGGUGGAGUGGGCACGUGGACCCAGCAGGCGAUACGGGGGGGCAGGAGGAAGGUUUGAGGAAGAGUGUUUCCGAUGUCACAGGCCAGGACACUGGGCACGCGACUGUCCUGACUCACGGGACUUUCGCUACGGUGGUGGCAAUCGCAGAAGGUCACGCCGGUCAAGAUCCAGAUCACCAUCCAGGAGGUCAAAGUCACCUUCACGUAGGAGAUCGUGGACACACUCCCGCUCAAGGUCCCGGUCCCGCUCUUAUUCUCCGUAUUACCGUAGGCGGCGCUCAGACUCCUACAUGCGAUCCCGGAGCAGGUCAAGAUCACGGUCAUAUUCUCGUAGCAGGAGAGAGUACCGCUCCAAGUCUGCUGACAGGAGUCGUAGUCGCAGCAGAAGUAGAUCAGCCAGCCGGAGUGUCAGCAGAAGUCGGAGCAGGUCAUGAGGGUCACUGUAAGGUGAAGCUCAGGUCGACACAGGUUAAAGCUGCCAUGACAUUCAACACAGAUGAGUGCCCUUCAACUGUUCUGUUUCCUCCCAGUACCUUCACGCCAGCUUCACAUUCGUCUGUGUCCCCACUGGGCUCGUUCAUUUUGUGCCAUGUAGUAAUGGUCUGGUGCACCAUUAGACUAAAAGACACCUGCUUCUACAUGUGAAUAGCAACAUAACAAUGUCACAUUACAAAACUAGCCUUACUGCACAAAAUGUUUGUGUUUGACAUGUAUCGAACAGUGAAAAAUAGGCAGCUACAGAUUCAUGUGAAAUCAAAGUCAGUGUCUGUAUUUCCCAAUCUUUUUACAUUUAUUUUGUGGUCUGUGUUAGCAAUGUAUUAUAUAAUUUUAGAAUCAAGUAUUAUGGAAGGAUUUUACUCGUCUAUAUUAUUAUACAGUAAUGGUUACCUACACGUAGUAGUUGUCUAUCACAAGUUUGAUAUACAUGACUUUAUAUAUAAUGAAAAUAAAAGGGCUGUACUCAUUCAUUAACAUUGAUCUUUUGUUUUUCACCCUAUUUUGUGCAAUUGACAAGGGAAUCUGUGUUAUUGUCUGUUUCAAUUUAUCAAAAUAAGUAGGAAGAUAUUAUCUGUUAUAACC